AUCAGUGCAUUGUGGGUAUUGCUUUCCUAUGCACGUUUCUCAUCCAGCAUGGCAGGGAAAAACAAGAGAAAGUUGGAGAACCUCAGUGUAGAUGAGUUCAUGUUGUCUGGAUUUGAUUCUGAGGAGGAAGAUGACUCUGUGGAUGAAGAUUUAACACAACAGACUGCGAGUAAGAAACCUGCACCUCAGAAGAAGUCUGUCAAAAAGCAAGGCAAGGCAUCUGAUCACAAGGACCAGCUUUCUGCCCUCAAGAGCCGAGACCCAGAAUUUUACAAGUUCUUAGAACAAAAUGACCAGACACUCCUGAAUUUUGAUGACUCUGAUUUCUCAGAAGAUGAUGAUGAUGACGACGACGACGAAGAGGAGAUGUACCACAAACUCCCCUCUCAACUGGAGGAUGCUAACUCAGAUGAUGAGGAGGACAAGGAAUCAGAAAAAAAAGAUGCAAAAAAGACUAAGAUGUCUAAGGAAGGUAUCAAGGUCACAGAAGCAAUGAUUGAAAACUGGAGAAAAGGACUGAGAAAAGAGCCCACAUCACGUUUGAUUAGGGACAUCACACAAGCCUUCAAGGCUGCUGUGGCUACAACGAAAGGCGAGUCUGACUCUGAGGAGCUGUGUCGAUAUACCAUCUCAGACAGCACAGUGUUCAAUUCGCUGAUCCUGUUCUGCAUACAGGAGAUACAUACAUCGCUGAAUAGAAUGCUGAAUUUGAAAGCUCCAGAGAAAGAUCAUAAGAAAUUAAUACUUCCAUCCUCAAGUCCCAGGUGGCAAAAACUUCAGAUUGAUAUUAAGAUGUAUCUAUCUGGUGUUGUUCAGCUCCUAUCCAGUUUAACACAGUCCACAGUCACAGCUGCAGUUCUACGCCACGCCAACCAGAUGGUGCCAUACUACCUGUGUUUGCCAAAACAGUGCAGAAACUUGCUUAAAAACCUGAUCAAACAGUGGAGCACUGGAGAGGAGACUGUGAGGGUCCUGGCCUUCCUGGCUCUCAACAAGAUCUGUCACCACAAACAGGACAUCCAUCUAAACUCUGUUAUUAAGCAAAUGUACAUCGCCUACGUAAAGAACUGCAAGUUCACGUCGCCCAACACUCUCCCCAUGAUCAAUUUCAUGCAGAGGACUCUCACAGAGAUGUAUUCACUGGACACACAGGUUUCGUAUCAGCACGCAUUCAUCUACAUCCGUCAGCUCGCCAUCCACCUCAGAAAUGCCAUGAAUAUGAAGAAGAAGGAGAUGUAUCAGUCUGUGUAUAACUGGCAGUAUGUGCACUGUCUGUAUCUGUGGUGUCGAGUGCUGAGCACCAUUUACCCCAGUGAAGUUCUAGAGCCACUGAUUUACCCAAUUUGUCAAGUCAUCAUCGGAUGCAUCAAGCUUGUACCCAUCUCACGGUACUAUCCUCUGAGACUACACUGUGCAAGAGCCCUCAUUCUGCUCUCCAGCCGCACCAAGACAUUUGUGCCCAUCCUGCCCUUCCUGCUGGAGAUCCUACAGCAGGAAAACUUCAAUAAGAAACCAGGCCGCAUGAGUGUGAAGCCCAUCAAUUUUGCAGUGGUCCUCAAACUCAGCAAGACCAAUCUCCAAGAGAAAGCAUACAAGGAUGGUCUAGUAGAGCAGUUGUAUGAUCUCAUCCUGGAGUACUUCCACACACAGGCCUGCAGCAUUGGUUUCCCAGAGCUGGCACUGCCCACCAUCAUUCAGCUGAAAGCGUUCUUAAAGGAAUGCAAAGUGGCCAGUUACUGCAAGCAAAUGCGGCAGCUGCUGGAGAAGAUACAGGAGAACUGCAGUUACAUCACAGCACGCAGACAGAAAGCUGCUUUCGGUGUGGCUGAUGCCACGGCUGUGGUGGCCUGGGAGAAGCAGGUAGUAGAGGAAGGCACUCCCCUCACUAAAUAUUACAGCCAGUGGAAGAAACUUCGUGAAAAGGAGAUUCAGCUGGAGAUUUCUGGAAAAGAGAGGAUGGAGGAUUUGAAUCUCCCUGAAAUCAAACGUAAGAAGGCUGAAGAGAAGAAAGCUGACAAGAAGGAGUUUAAGGGUCUCUUUGAAUCAGAUAGUGAUGAUGAUCUGUUCAAAUCCAAAGAGGAACAGGGCGACUCUGAUGAAGAAGGUCUUGAGGACCUCUCAGACCUGAGUGCUGAUGAGGAUGUGGACACCUCAGAGGAUGAUUCAGAUGGUGACCAAAACAAGCCCUCGUCUUCUGAAGUUAAAGCACAGAGGAAGAUGUUGAGCACAGAGCUGAAGGAGGUGGCACAGGGAGAUGAUGAUAUGGUCGAGGACCUGGAGCUCUCUGAUCAGGACUAGAGUCACAUUGUUAUUUCAGACUGACAUUUCUAUUUCACAUCCAGGCAUAACUGGCACCGUUAUUGAGAGCUAUGUACAGCCUCUGUUGUAGUGAUGUUUCCUUUUGCACCAUUGUAUUUUAAAUGUGUGAAACAAAACAAAAAGACUUCUAAAUUCAUCUUCUAACAAUUCAUAUUCUAUCAAAUUAAAGAUCUUAAAAAAAAAUUUUUAAAAA